CCAAUAAGCCGGCUGCCCCCCAGCCCCCCUCCUGUUCCACCCUUCCCAGCACAGGGGACAGGACUGUGUGACGGUGGGAAGGAGGAGACGGAUGGGGGAACUCUGGAGACAGCAGAGGCGAGGGGAGACUGCCUCAGCCCUGGAGCACCAUGAGACAGCACUCAGCAUACAGGACACCUUCUCCUGUACCCCUCGGACAUGGCGGUGAAUUUGGACUCGUCGGCUCUCCUAUUCUUCUCUCUCCUGGACAUUCCAUGGCUCCUCUGCAUGUCUAGCGCUCUCUGCCCGCACACCACCUUCUACCAUGACUGCUGGAUCAGACGGUUCCCCGGACUCUUCCUCAGCUUCUCCGCAUCAGAGCAGCGUGGAGCCCGAGUGCUACGGAGGCAACCUGAGCCCACUGCCCAGCUGUGCAGCCGCAAGUGCUGUGACCAAGAGUCCUGUAACGUUGCAGUCUUCAUCUCCGAGACGGGUGACGGGAAGGCGAAUUGUCACCUCAUGCACUGUCCCCAGCCGGAGAGCUGCUUGGUCCAGCUGCAGGAGCGUGGCGUCUUCUUCACGGUCACAGCGGGUGUGGACCCUGACCUGCUGGUGUUUGAUAAAUUAGGACACGUUGAUUUGAACCCAAGGUCAUCCUUGAAAUGGGAACGUCAGAAUAUAUCUCGGGCUCUGGUCUCCCCGGCCUCCGUUUCCCCUCCAGUCCUGACCCCUAAGGAACCCUCCAUUCAUCAACCAUCCACAUCUCCACCUACAUUCCCCCCUUUUCAUUCAUCUCCCCAGCAACCUCCUCCUCAACUGCCCUCCCCCGCGGACUCUCCUCUCCGCUCUUACCCCCCGACAAUUUCCCCAUCACUAACGACCCCCCUCGUCUCCGAGAGCCCCUUUAUCUCCGCCUCAGUAGACAGAUCUCUGCAGGGAGGGGACCUCAGCAUCCAGCCGCUCCCAUACUCACCUCCCCUGGGCCAGCCUAUGUCAGACGUCCAGAGCCCGGCCCAUCUGGACAGCAGCAAACAACACGUCAAUGAAACCAAGGGCCACAGCGGAAGGAACCAGAGCUCGGAUGGAGAGACAGAGGACAUUGCAGACCACCUGGCCACCCUUUGGCCGCUUCCGGCAUUAAUCGGAUCUACAGUGACUUUAUUGUGUUGCUGCUCAGGUAUCCUGGCGCUUGGGUGUUGUAGAAGGAAAAGAAGAGGGCGAUACAGGCCCGGGCGGGCACGUAACGCCGGGAGAAAGACUCUAAUCAGGUGCACUCUGCUCAGGGAGAAGGACUAACCCUACUGGGGGCAACUGGAGACCCCCUUUUUCCAUUUAACCAGGCUCUCUAUUUCUAACUGUGCAGAACUCGCCCCCUACUGGAUAAUAACUGGUACUGUUACUGCAGGCAACAACAGGUGAGAAAACAGCUAAAUAUUGCAGGUCCGGUGAAUCUGAAUACAGAGUAUUGGCGGGCUGUUAAUGCACAAUGGCCAAGAUGUAUCAAAUCUUGUAAAGAGAUAAAAGUGGAGAGAGAUAAAGUACCAAUCGGUUACUGUCAUUUUCAAACUCAGCCUGUAACACAACAGUUAGGAGCUGAUUGGCUGUUACUUUAUUUCUCUCCAAGAUUUGAUACAUCACCCCCAAUGAUAUGCUGCAUACCUCGUUCUAGGACGGAUGUAUAGUCAGAUGCUGAGCAUUAUUUAAAAAGAAAGUUUUAAUGUAUAAAAACAAUUACUAGCUUUGUUAAAAGAUGGCGUCAUCCCAGUAAUGCAGCACAGAACUGCCUGCUGUAGGGAUUAAAAACAAAAAAAAUUAUUUCAGUGAAUGUUAUGAACGUGUCGUUACUAGUUCCUCGUACAGGGAUGUGAGCAGAGAGUGUGCUGAAAUAUGGCAGCGUGUAGACAGCACCCUAAACACAACGCACAAACCCAGCCCCAAUUCUGGAUUGAAGCAUACUGGUCACUAAAUACUUAAAUGAUGUCAUAAAAAUGCAACCUUCCAAUUCGCAGGGAACUUGAGACAUCAGUGAAGGCUGUGAGGUAUUAGGUGCCUCGUCUCAGCAAUGUCACUAUUUCCAAUUGAAUUGAGAGGCUGAAUAGGUUGAACAUUGGUUCAGCAAGACCAAUCGCCAACACCUCCCCCCUCCCCCUACGUCUGCCUUUAAUGAUGGGCGGAUUUAGAUUUGUGGGGAAUUAAGGGCAAGUAUCUUGUGGAAACACUUACCUUAAAACAUUGUUUUUCCAGAAUGCUUGAGCAACGCUACAACGAUACAGGUAUUCAGAGAACUGCGCAGGCGAAACGCGUUGCUUUAUGUGUACAGCACAUUCCAUGCUGAAGCACAAUG